AUGAGCCUCAAGCGUCAGCGUGACGAGUCGUCUCCCGAUCCCGAAUCUCCCGCCGCCAAGCUACGUCGUCACCGCAACGAGCUCAAAGCAGUCCUCCUAUGGGCAGGCAAGCGCCUCCCUCCAUCGCCAACUCUACUCCCUCUAAACCCGUCUCCUGAUUCCGAGCUUUCCAUUCCCGAGAUAGACAUGCUCUCAACUACCGAGUCUUCCAUUCCCGAGAUAGACACUCUCUCAACUACCGAGCCUUCCAUUCCCGAGAUAGACCUGCUCUCAACUAUUUCGCUGCCUGAGCCCCCGCGUCUGAGCCCGUUCCCCAGUGAAGUCCUCGAAAUCAUAAUUGGGUACAUUCCCGCUAGCGAUCUUCCGACCGUUGCGAGUGUGAACUCGGUUUUCUGGGCGGCUGCGUGGUCCCGUGUGUUUGAAGAAGCCCUUCUCCUACUCAGUCCGGAUGACCAGUGA